GCGCUUUCACUCGGCGGUCCUGCGGGCUGCUAGAGCUAACCUUCCGCUUCUGACGUGGGUUCGCCCCACGCUCGGCCUCUUUGAACUCGACAUUCUCCCACAGCCUAGGGGCUGGCGCGCGAGCGCGGCGACCGUGUGCCUCCGCGCGCCCGAGGGGAGCCGAGCCCCGGAGGAAGGGGCGGAUCGGGCGCGGUGUUUGGGACGGAGCGGGGCGCGCGGCGCUCGAAGCACCCGCUCGGCGCGUUCCGGGGCCGGUGGAGACAGCAUGGGUACUGCUGCGACCGCACCCCUCGAGCUGUAGCUUCGCAUUCCCACGGCAGCCCGACUCGACGGCGUCCCCAUUGUGGGUCCAGUCUCUCUGGUCACUGGAGGUCUUUUCUUGCAGAUACGCUCAGCGCCCGGGCGCGCGCCCCCUCCUCCAGAGUUGGCCAGAGGCGCCCUUCUUGCAGACCCCAACCACACCCAGUGGCAGAUGGAUUUUUCUUUGUAACUUGGCUUUCUCACUUGUAGGGUCCAUUUUGAGUCUGUUCUUAACAUGGUGUUCUCACUGCCAAAUAGACAGUCUCUUCCUCGGUGGAUCUGGUAAUGGAAAAGAUACUAGGGUGAAUGUAAGAUAUCGUCUCUUCUUUUGAUCGCUGUUCCUGAUUGUGGCUUUGUCUAAGCAUUAAAUCACGUGCCUUUUGUUCCUUGAAGAAGGAGCUGGUGCUAACAACUCCCAGUUCGACCCCUGGACUCAGCUCAAAACUCUGGAUUCAUUCUCCUCUGUCCCAUACCUCAGCUUGAUCUUUUUAUCACCUCAAAGGGUACUACAUGAUCUUCCUCUCAAGUCCUCACUUUCUCGAAUCCCAAGAUGAAGAAACGAAGACAAAGAUUGAGACUUAUCUAGAGUAACACCAAACCAAUGACAAAACAGGUUCAGAGAAGUUGGAGCUUGCCCAGUGUCACAGAUCAGAGACGGAAGUAAAACUUGUAUUUCCUGACUUCCAGAUUAGUGUUAUUUCUACUUCAAAUUAUUACUUCUUGGUGAGUUAAUGUGGGAAAAAUUCUGGUAUUUUGAAGAUGUCUUGGCACAGUAUUUUUUCCUGUUUAAGUUACAAGUAACCAGUUUUUAGAGAAAAAAGAAAUUGGGAUUUUUUUGGUUAAAUCAUGCCAUCUGAACAGAAACAGUUAUUUUUUGUUGAAAAACAAACUACUUUUAAAAAAGAUUAUGAUGUGAAAAAUGAAAUAGUGGAUUCCUUCAGAUCACUACCUAGGCCAAAAAUUUCACAAAGUAGUUUUCAUUAUGAACUAAAAAAUGUGAAAAUUGAUUUGCCGAAGAUAAAUAUUCCAAAUGAAGUCGUUCUGAAACAUGAAGUUGACAAAUACAGAAAAUUAUUUCAGCGUCAACCACAGACUGCAAGAAAAUCUAUCAGUGUAAGGACUGUAAGCUGUGUAGAGGAGUGUAUGUUGCUCCAUAAGUCUGAGAGAGUUGAAGAAGAGGGUUUAAAAAUGUCUGCAAAAAUACUCAAUUUCAACUGUUUAAAAUGCCGAGAUAGCACUCGAUAUAGCCCAAAUGAUUUGCAGAAACACUUUCAAAUGUGGCACCGUGGUGAAUUACCUUCAUAUCCUUGUGAAAUGUGCAGUUUUUCAGCAAAUGACUUCCAGAUAUUUAAACAACACAGACGGACACAUAGAAGCACUUUAGUAAAAUGUGACAUUUGUAACAAUGAGAGUGUAUAUACUUUAUUAGACUUGACAAAGCAUUUUGCAUCCACACAUUGUGUAAAUGGUAGUUUUCAAUGUGAAAAGUGCAGAUUCUCCACCCAGGAUGUUGGCACAUUUGUUCAGCACAUUCAUAGACAUAAUGAGAUCCAUUAUAAAUGUGGUAAGUGCCAUCAUGUAUGUUUUACCAAAGGAGAGCUUCAGAAGCACCUUCAUGUUCAUUCUGGUACAUUUCCCUUCACUUGUCAAUAUUGUAGCUAUGGUGCCACUAGGAGAGAGCACUUGGUAAGACAUGUUAUAACUUUGCACAAAGAACACUUAUAUGCAAAAGAAAAACUGGAAAAAGACAAAUAUGAAAAGAGGAUGGCAAAGACUUCAGCAGGACUUAAGCUGAUACUGAAAAGAUACAGAAUAGAUGCAUCAAGGAAGACGUUCUGGAAACGCAAGAAGAUCAACAAUGGAAGUGACAGAAGUAUAGAAAAAAACACUCAAGUGCUUAAAAAAGUGAACAAAACACAGGCUAAAUCUGAAGACCAGAGCCAUCUUAUUCAAGAGCAUUUAAAUGAAGGAAAGGAUGAAAGACCACACUGUGAGAAUAAUGAUAAACCUGCUGAGUCAGAAUCAGAAAAGCCAGCUCUUCUGUCCACUGGGCAAUGUAAUAGAGCUGAAGAGGGAUCAAAUUCUACUCUAGGUUUCUUGAAAACUGCUGUACAAGGACCUACAGUGUUAAUGGUGAAAAAUAAUAGAAUAACCAUUCCUGCUAACUACAGUGCUGAUUUUAUGGGCUUUAAGAUGGUGGAUGGAAAACAACAUAUUGUAAUAAAAUUGUUACCUACCAAUAAACAGAAUUUAUAUUCACCAGGUUCACAGUCAGAUGCUGCAAAGGACAGUACUGCCAAUUUGCAGCCCCAGACUUUGGACACUACUGGAUUUUUAGCAGGAGUAACAGCUGAAUUAAGUGACACAGUUUACAUGAAAGCAACUACUCCAUUUUCAUGUUCAUCUCCUAUAUUUUCAGGGAAAGUAACGUCAGAAAAAGAAAUGGCUUUGCUAUCUCAAAUGAGUAAUGUGCUCCAAACAAUGGAUGAUGAAAAAAAUGUGUCAUCUUUGUCAGCAUCAGAAUUGGUUACAGCAUCAGUAAAUUUGACCACAAAAGUUGAAACAAAGGAUAAUAUUGACCUAUGGGGAAGUUAUGUUACUCAGAGUCACUCUGAGAUAUCAGGUACUACCAUUAAAAGUCCAGAUAAAGUCACCUCUACUACCAAGCAAAAUGCAUACAACAGUGGAGAUAUGCAUAACUAUUGCAUUAAUUAUGUCAACUCUGAAUUACCUGUUGAAUCUUCCAACCAAGGAUCAUUACCCUUUCAUAAUUACUCAAAAGUAAAUAAUUCUAAUAAACGUCGUAGGUUUUCAGGAACAGGGAUGUGUGAAAACCCUCAAAAAGAACCUUCAUCAAGCAAGACAGUUGUUCAGCAGCCAAUAAGUGAAUCAGUUUUAUCACUGGUGAGGAAAGAGAGUUCAAAUCCAGAUAGCAUGUUAGCAUCUAUUAACCUUUUAAAUACUAAAGAUGGAACUUUAAAAAUGCAAGCUGAAAUCGAAGAACAGUCUGUUUUAGAAAAAGGACAGAACGUUGAUGGACAGAAUUUAUACACUAAUGAAAAUCAAAAUUUAGACAGUGUGACUGAAAAAUCUAAGUGGGAUGGCAUUUCUAAUGUUGAGUCACCUAUGAUGCCUAGAAUCACAUCUGUUUUCUCUCUCCAGAGUCAACAGGCAUCAGAAUUUUUGCCACCUGAAGUAAACCAAUUACUUCAGGAUGGAUUAAGAGCAAAAUCUGAUGUAAAACAAGACUGUAGUAUUAGUAACACUCCAGAUAAAGGCCUGCUACUUCAUUGUGACCAGUCAUUUCAGAAACUUGAGGGAGAAGGCAAAAUAGUUGAAUCUUCAAAAGACUUUAAAGUACAAGGCAUCUUCCCAAUUCCAUCUGGUAGUUUAGGGAUUAAUGUGCCUACAAAUGAUCUGAAUUUAAAAUGCAGUGGAAAAGAAAAACAAAACCUGUCAAUAUCACAAGAUGUGAGAGAUUCAGAAAAGACACCUAGAAUUUCAGGUAUUGGCACAUUACUUAAGACUCAGUCAGAUGCAAUAAUAACACAACAGCUGGUUAAAGAUAAAUUACGCGCCACUACACAAAAUUUAGGUUCUUUAUAUAGACCGAGUCCACUUCUGAAUUCAGAACCAAAAAAGGCUAUAUUUGUUCAAACUCCAAAAGGCUUUUUUGUACCAUUGCACAUUGCUAACAAACCUGGAUUACAUAUUGUUUCAGGAAGACCACUUCCAUUGGUCAGUACACAAGGUGUACCUACUUCUCUUCUUUUAAACAAGAAACCUGGGAUGAUUUUAACAUUUAAUAAUGGGAAACUUGAAGGUGUUUCUACUGUCAAAACUGAGAGUGCUCAAGCUUGUGGAACUCCAACUAAGGAACCUUGCAGAACACCUUUUUUGAAGGUAGAACCAAACAGUAAUUGUCUGACACCUGCACUUUGUUCCAGCAUUGGCAGUUGUUUGAGCAUGAAAAGUAGCUCAGAAAAUACUUUGUCAUUAAAAGGCCCUUACAUCAUUAAAACAUCAGCAAGUUCUUCAGUAAAAGCUGUUUCUACUCCUAAUACAGUAUCUGAGCAUCAGGGCACCAAGUUGAAUAUCUUGGACUCAGUAAAACAGCAGAAUGAGAUUUUUCCAAAACCACCUCUUUAUACCCUCUUGCCUGAUGGCAAACAAGCUGUUUUUUUAAAGUGUGUGAUGCCAAAUAAGACUGAGCUGCUUAAGCCUAAAUUAGUCCAAAAUAGUACGUAUUAUCAAAACAUACAGCCAAAGAAACCUGAAGGAACACCACAAAAAAUACUGCUGAAAAUUUUUAACCCUGUUUUAAAUGUGACUGCUGCUAACAAUCUGUCUGUAAGUACCUCUGCAUCCUCAGUGCAGAAAGACAAGGUACCAUCUAAUCAAACUAUAGGAGAGCAGAGAGAGCCAGAAUCUUCUAGAGAUGCCUUACCCUUCUUACUAGAUGAUAUGAUGCCAGCAAAUGAAAUUGUGAUAACUUCUACUGCAACAUGCCCAGAAUCUUCUGAGGAUCCAAUGUGUUUCACUGACCAUUCGGACACCAGAGUAUUAAGGUGUAAAACAAAUUGUACAAUUGAGAGAAACUUCAAUAGAGAAAAGACUUCGAAAAAAAAAUUUUCAAGAAUAAAAACUGAUGUAAGAAGUAAAGAUUCUGAAACUGCCUUUGUAUCUAGGAACAGAAACUGUAAACGAAAGUGCAGAGAUAGUUACCAGGAACCUCCAAGAAAAAAAGCAACAUUACAUAGAAAGUGUAAAGAAAAGUCUAAACCUGAAGAUGCCCGUGAAUCAUUUGGAUUUAACAGACCGAGGCUUUCAAAAGAUUCAGUCAGAACUUUGCGGCUUUUCCCUUUUAGUUCCAAACAGCUUGUGAAAUGUCCUAGGAGAAACCAACCAGUUGUAGUUUUGAAUCAUCCUGAUGCAGAUGCACCAGAAGUAGUAAGUGUAAUGAAAACUAUUGCUAAAUUUAAUGGACGUGUACUUAAGGUUUCAUUGUCAAAAAGAACUAUCAGUGCUUUACUGAAACCAGUUUGUGAUAACUCUUCAAAAAGAAUUUAUGAUGAUUUUUCCAAAAGACAUAAAACAUUGAAACCUGUUAGUUCUGUGAAAGAAAGAUUUGUGCUAAAAUUAACACUCAAAAAGACAAGCAAAAACAAUUAUCAGAUUGUGAAAACUACCUCUGAAAAUGUUCUGAAAGCUAAAUUUAACUGUUGGUUUUGUGGUAGAGUAUUUGACAAUCAGGAUGCUUGGGCUGGUCAUGGGCAGAGACAUUUAAUGGAAGCCACUCGUGAUUGGAAUAUAUUAGAAUAAUUUACUGUAGUUACCAAGGAAAAGAAAAGUAAAAUUAUCUUAGAAGAAAAUAGUGGGUUGAGUUACCUUAAGGCAGACAUUUUCUACUUCAAUAUAGUACCUAAAAUUGAGCAUCUGAAAGUUGGCUGUAUUUCCAUGGGAGACUAAAAAAGUUUUAUGUGUGAUAUUUGAAAAUGCUAUCACUGCACACAUAAGUUUUGCAAGAAACUAAUUGCAGCACAGAUGUACCUUGAUUUAAUUUUUAAAAAAUGUGUUUUUGGGAAGUUAGGGCUAAAGAAAAUUUUGAUAAAACAGUUUUCCCAACUUAGUUAUAUAGUGACUCUUAGUAGAGGGUAAUGGCUGACAGCCCCAUUCCCUCUUUUCUUCCACCAGCCUUAUGAAUCUGGUAAGUGUAGCUCCUUUGAAGAUGGAGAGCUCUUUCACCAUGGAACUGAAGGAGUUUCUCCUCAUUUGUGAAGAUACACUAAGCUUGAAUAAAGAACUUAAUUUUACAUCUGCUAAAUAUAGUUCUUUUGAAGGAUAUUAGGCUUCUUUGAGAGUACAUUUAACUAACUACAGUUACACCUCAUGAUGCUUGAAAAGAGUUUUUGAUGAGUAAAUCUUUUUCUCUUUUAUGCUGUGUCCCAUAUCAGGGAUUGGAAUACCCUCCCAAGGUGAUUUUCUUUUUCUAAAUGGCUAUGUCAAGCAUUGCAGUAGAUGGGCAGCUUCAAAAGAAGAAUUAAACUCUCUUGGUCCAGUUAAAGAACUUGAACAUUUUUCUGAAUUUGAUGAUAAUCUCCAGUGAUUCUCUUGCACAGAACUAUGCUUACUUGAUUUAAAUUGUUUGUCCCCCAUAAACCAAAUGGCCAAUUUUUAUCUUAGUUGCCAUCCAUUUAAAAAGUGGAACAUCGAAGCACUUCCAAGUGAAUGGCUUUUCUUGAAAAUUAAUAAUUACUCUACAGGAACAAUAUUUUGAAGCAGGAUUAGCAAAGCAAAUCAGAUUUUUGCUGUUUAAUUACUGAUGCGUGUCUGAACAUGUACACAUUGGGACAAACCAUUUUUGUUAGCACCUUUUCAGUCUCACGACCCAAAGCAGAUUAUUUACUGAUUGUUGGCAGUUGAAAUGAAGAAGCAUUAAUAGUGGACUCAGUGGCAGGGCAUAAAACUUCAGGACAGAUUCCUAGGGGAUAUACCCAGCAGAUAGAGUUUUAAAUGGAUAUUUUCAUGACCACAACAGAAUCAUCGACUAAAACUUGACCGUGUAAGUUUGGAUCAAAUUUUGUUGGAUUAUUGGAUAAUGGAGUUCUUGUAUUACAAAUUACUGUAUAAUUUUUGUUACAUUGUUACUACAAGUGUUAAAACAUUUUCAUUGAUUGAAAAUUUCAGGGCUUCUUUUCUGUAUAUAAGAAAGAAUUUAAACCUGUACAUAUUUUUGUACCUUUCAGUUUGUUAUGUAAAUUUUGCACAGAAAAUUUUUUGACAUAAAAAGUUUAUUUUCCUUCAAUUUAGUUCUGUGCAUGCACUAAUAAACUGGUUGUUUAAUUUAAAAGAAAUAUGUAAGACUUUACCCAUGUUAUUUUCUUGGGUUUUAUUUUACAUGUAGAAAUUUUUUUUUUUUUGGGUAAAUUCAUUUUUCAGGGAUUGAACACUAUUGUUAGCAAGUGCCUAAAAGAUGUGAAACAGUUUACAUAUGUCAACUGUAACAGUAGGUCCCAAAUGGGCCCAGUCCCCCAAAAGUUUUAUUUUAAAGAAAGCCAUACAUAGAUGCUUCAAGCUAUCUUGCUAUGCACAUUAUACAUGUACUUUUUUUGUGCAGUUUGUCUACUUUACUAGUGAAGUAUUUUUUGUAUAAAACCUGUUACAAUUGUGUUUCUUAAAUUGAGCCUAAGAAUGGAGUUGAUUGGAAAUAUAUAGUAUAUAUUAAUAAUGUAUAUGGUGUUUAAAGAAUGGUAAGCAUUGUUAAUUUCUGUAAUGAACAUUUUCUUCAAUUAAAUUUAUCUUAAGUUUGUGUUUACACAAUAAUUUUUUUUUACUGUAUUAAAAUCAAGUGGGAAUUUUAUUCUAAUGGGAAAUAUUUAUAUUUCAAGUAAGUUUUUUCUUUAAAUGCUAGGGAACUAUGUAAAGUAAAGUGUGGGUCCCCCCCAUCAUAGGUGAAAUUUUGAGAUUUUGUUUGAGAAGGUUAACAUUUACCAUAAAAUUAUUGUAGUUAUGCUGAUAAGGAAAGUCAUAGGGUUAUGCGCUUUAGUACCUUAACAGCAAUAAAAUUAAAAUACUCUGCUGUUAUGGGUAAGUUUAUUAUAAUCCCUUGCCUUCCGUGAAUAGAGAAGAGAGAAGCAGCGAUCUUGCCAAUGUUUGCAGCAUUAUAAAAAUACAUUUCAGAAUAGCCAUGCCAGUAAAAAUAUAUUUAAUGUUGUGAUAUAUACUUUUUGCCUUAAAGUUUUAAAAGCCAUUUAAAAAGCUUCAUGUCCCAGGUACUCUAGUUAGUAUCUUUUCUGAUUUGUUAGGUUAUUCUAAAGAAGGCGAACCUGCUUGGAGCCUUAGAUUGCCAGAGUGGAAAAUCCAGAAUCAAAACUGUCCAUCCUUUUUUUUUUUCCUCCUGGCUGAAACUGAACUAGAGAUGGUUCUCUAAAAUAUGAAUAUCCAGUAGUUUGGGAUUGUUAAUACAUUUCUUGGUUAGAAAUGUGUUUCAUUAUUUUUCCCUAUUUGUCCGUCUCCAUUGAAAAUGGGCCUAUUUGGCAUUCAAUUAAAAAAAUAGUUGAAUUUUUAAAAAGUUUACCUUUCUAUCUUACUAAGCACUUAAUAGAUUGAAAUAUAAUAUAUAUUUUUUAAGUGAAAGAUAAUGAUUUUGUUAAGGGGUCAGGGAAGUUUAUUAAUAAAGGGUAAGUUACGAUAGUAAAUAAUUUAGACCUUGUAGGCCAUUUAUUUAGUCUCUUGUCAUAACUACUUUUUUUUUUUUUUUAAGAUUUUGUUUAUUUAUUCGAGAAAGACAGAGACAUAGGCUGGCUCCCCAUAGGGAGCCUGAUGCAGGACUCACAACCUGAGCCAGAGGCAGACACUCCACCAGUGUCAUAAUGCAGAAGCAGCCCUAGACAAUAUGUAAAUCAAUGAGUAUGCCUGUGUUUUAAUAAAACUUCAUUUAAGGAAAUGAGCCAUGGGCUGAGUUUGGCCCACCAAAGUUUUUACUACCCCUUGCUUUUAGUUCUCUCAACAAUCUGCUCUUAGAAUGGAACUUUUUAAAUUAAAACCAAGUUUGAUACAGUUUUUUUUUGUGAUGUAUACCAGCUGUAUAAAAGUUACAAAAUAUAAAAAAUAGACAUAUAAGUUACCAAUGUAAAUGUAUUUAAAAGUGAAGAGAAUGUAAGUAAUGAAAGUGAUUAGUGGGUAAAGUAGAUGGGUCAUUUGUAUGCAAAGGGUAAUGCAUCUUACAGAGGAAUUAACAGUAAAACAGGUGCUGUGGGAAUUUCUGUCCAGGUUAGGUGAGAAAUAGAUACUAGUUAUUUAAGUGAUUUGAAAUAGUCCUUAAGAAAAGUAAUUAGAGUUCUUGGGAUGGAGGAGAAUGGAGGUGAGGUGAAAACAAUAUUUACUGAUUUUUUUCAUUGAUUUUUUUUUUCCCCACUACUGACAUCUGCUUAUUUAACUUGGAAUAUGUCCCAUUUAAUCGGGGUAUUGGCACUGUUUAUUCCUUAUUUUAGCAAUUUGUUAGGAUUCUUAUUUUCAGCAGAGUGCCUUGACUCCAUUGAAGAUCUUAUCCAGUGAAACUUGCUGGAGAAAUUUCUAGGACAUUAUUUGUUGCUAAUUGAGAAGGUAGCAUUAGCAGAAAAAUUUUCCUAUAAUGCAGUUGAAAUAGGAUCAGUUUGGUUGAUUUUGGUGUUCAUUGGUUUAAAUAUGUUCUUAAUUGGAUAAUUGAGAAGUAGUCAAUAUCUUGGAACAGGUAUUUUACCUCUUCAGAGUCUUCUUUGAAUGUUUUUUUUUUCCUGUCUUUUGAGCUUCUGUUAAUAAGUGCCCCAAAUUUAAAAAUCAUAUUUCUUUAAAAAGUACAUACCAUUAUUAUGAUAGUGUAAAUGUUUGAGUAAAAAGUGUAGGAAGAAUGUUAAUAUUAGGUACCUCAAUUUAAAAAAUCAUGAUUAUAGUCAAUGUCUAGAAUGUACUUACUAAAAAAUAAAAAAUACUCAUUUCUAGUAAAGUCAUUUUUAAUAUGUUAGAAAAAUUCUUCCUUGAUGUGAAGGUAAUGUUCAGGUUGCAAGUGAAAUUGCUUCUUUUGGUUAAGGUGCCUGCUCUCAUCAAUUAUUUCAUAAGUUAUUGCUAAUGUAAAAAGAUAGGAAAACAAAAUGAAAAACUUGGAUAGAGAAUAAUAUACUAAUUGCAAAUUACUUGAUUGCAAUAUUUUGAAAAUCCAAAGAAUUAGCUUUCCUUUUUUUUUCUUUUAAGAUUUACUUAUUUAUUUAUUCAUAAGAGACACAGAGAAAGAGAGAGAGGCAGAGACACA